GCCUUGGUAUCAGAGGCGGGAGGAGGCGCCCGCCCGUGCGGAGCGCCUCUGUUGUGGCGGGCGGCUCCGGCUGGGUGGGGGGACCUCGACGAGAAACUAACGAGGCGAUGCUUGCGGUCCUGAAUUACCAAGUGUCCUGUCCUCUGCCAUGCAAGCAUAACACGCUCCACAAUCUGCUCAGCACAGGAAGAGUUAAAGAUGAUGAUGAGGAAGAAGAGGAAGCGCGGAGGCCCGUUCCCUUGCUCAUGCAGCAGCCCCGUCGCCCCGCCGCUGGAGUCCCGGAGAGCUGCAUGGACGGGCAUGGGGACAGCGGCCCCUUUCUGCGCCAUCGCCGCCUCCGCCGCCAAGGUUGAGGAGCAGCAACGCCGCCCCCGUCUUCAACCGCGCCCCUCGUCUUUGACUGCCCUUGUUCUGCUGCUCAGCCUCGGGCUGCUCCUACACACAGGUGAUUGCCAGCUGCAGACACCAUGUCGAAUCCAGAAGUGCACUACAGACUUUGUAUCACUAACGUCUCACCUAAACUCUGCCAUUGAUGGCUUUGAUGUGGAGUUCUGCAAAGCCCUCCGGGCCUAUUCUGCUUGUACCUAUCGCAAUUCCAAAGUCUGCCGUGGCAACCUGGUCUAUCAUUCUGCUGUGUUGGGGAUUGGUGAUCUCAUGAGCCAGAGAAACUGUUCUAAGGAUGGUCCAACAUCCUCUACUAACCCUGAAGUUACUCAUGAUCCUUGCAAUUACAGUGGCCGUCAGGGAACCAGAGAUCAUCGUGGAGGAGAGCAGAUUCCCCCUACUUACUUUUUCUGUGGCUUGUUUGGAGAUCCCCAUCUACGGACCUUUAAGGAUCAUUUUCAGACAUGCAAAGUGGAAGGGGCUUGGCCGCUCAUAGACAGCAACUACUUAUCAGUGCAGGUGACAAAUGUUCCUGUGGUCCCAGGAUCCAGUGCUACUGCAACAAAUAAGAUCACCAUUAUCUUUAAAUCCUACCAAGACUGUACAGAUCAGAAGGUGUACCAGGCAGUAACAGAUGAUUUGCCAGCAGCUUUUGUAGAUGGCACAACUACUGGUGGAGAUGGGGACCCCAAAAGCUUGCGUAUUGUGGAGAGAGUGAGUGGCAAAUACGUGGAAAUGCAUGCUAGGUACAUUGGAACUACUGUGUUUGUGCGCCAGCUUGGCCGUUACUUAACACUAUCCAUACGCAUGCCAGAAGAGCUAGCUCUGGCUUAUGAAGAGAGCCAGGACCUGCAGCUCUGUGUGAAUGGCUGUCCCUCCAGUGAACGCAUUGAUGACAGCGGGCAUCUUCCUUUACCAGUGAUGGGGCAGCUCCUUCCUUCUGGUGCUUCAAGUCACACCCGGUCUAUAUAUACACUGGAGAGUGCAACCACAAAGUGCCAUGAGAAGAUGCUGUUGAAGGACAUCUAUUUUCAUUCUUGUGUAUUUGAUUUACUAACCACUGGUGAUGCCAAUUUCACAGCCGCUGCACACAGUGCCUUGCAGGAUGUCGAGGCUCUGCAUCCGAGGAAGGAGAGAUGGCAUAUCUUCCCCAAUAAUGAGGGCACUGGUCAGGGGAGAGAGUUUGGUCUUGGUCUUGGACUUGUGAGCUUAAUGCUUCUUGUGUUUUUGUAGGGUCCCCCCCCCCCACUUUUGGUGGUUGUCGUAGAGAGCAAAGUUUUAAAAUAUAUAUUGUCAUAAUAUAUUAAGAGCAUAUAUGUAUAUACCAUGUAUAUGAAGGGAUGCUUUUUUGUCCUGGGACAUCCAGAGGAUUGUAUAUAAUUGUGUUAUCCUUUUUUCCUAUGUAUGUUGGAUGUAAUAUUCUUUUGAUUGUAAUAUUUUUUGCUUUGCAGUUGGUGAAACAUUUUAUAAUGUCCUCUCAUCAGGACCUUGAUAGAAAGCACUUUAUUUUUUAUAUAUUAACUAUUUAUGUGUACCUAGGUAAUAUGGAAAGCAUAUAUCCACCUGUACAUAUAUCAUACCCAGUAUGCCCUCUGAGUAUUACCUAGCUUAAUUCAUACGCUUAUGAGUUUGUUCGAUUUCUGUUCUUUCUGUUUUUGCUGUUCUUUUGGCCAGUUAAGGCAACAUAAGAACUUGGCUGGGUAUAUAGUAUAGGCCUAGGUCUCGGAAAUGUCUCGGACUUCCAUUGGACCCUGGGCCAGUAGCCUCUGUUUCAUAGGAAUGGGGCAAUUAUUAGCCGUUGACCCUCCUAAUUAGUGCAUUCACAACUGCAUCUUAUUUGUUACUGAUGCAGCAAAUCUCUGCUUCCUUCCAAGAACUGCUUUUUAGCAUAAAAAAUUGUACUUGGGUUCUACUAUGCAAGUACAAAAUACAUGUUUUCUACCAAAUUUGCAAUGGACACACUUAGAAAGCUGUGUCUCUUUUCCUUCCAGAUGUAUGCGAGUGAGGCCUAAGAACUUUCCAAAAUUUCUUUGGGAGGGCUGGGACUCAAAUGUCUUUCAUAUCUAUAUGGAUGUCUUCAAGUGGUUUGUAUUAAAUGUGUACCCUAAGAUAGUGGUAGGCCUUACUUGCUUAACUUUACUCCUUCCUUCUAAACUUUUUUGCAACAACCAAAACCAUAAAAAUUGGUAAAGAGCGUAACAUUUUGAAUUGUCUGAAAAGAAAGGCAGAAAAUUAAGAAGAUGGGAUGCUUGCUCAGGAGGUUAGGAUUGCUUAAUCAUCAUCAUUCCUGUGUCAAUUUUAGCAAGCUGCUUAACUGCAAGAUCUGUACUGGUCUGUUAAGUGCAAACAUACACAGAAGUAUUUUUUUGGAUGUAUAAAGACUGGCAGAUUUAUUGUGUCAUAGUUUUGAUGGGCUACAACUUACUCUGUUACAUAAUGCAUCUAGUGAUACAGGCUGCAGCCAAUAAGAACUUAAUGGCACAAUAAAACUUUUGGGUGCCCCAAUGCCAAUUUUUUCUUUUGUGUAACUCCAGAGACUGUAUCCACAUUUCAUACUUGCAGUGUUUUAUUUCCUGUGUGAACAUAGCUCUCCUUCCAAUACUUGCUAGCAUUGCUGCACUUAGGACUUUAAAAUAUACCGCAGGCACAUGAAGAUCUAUAUAAAAUAUUCACUGCCAGCUAAGCAAACAUUUCUUAGUCUCUUGUAAGCAGAAUAUCGUUUCCCAUGCUAGCAACUAGGCUGAAAACAAGCCAGCUCAGGAUCAUUCCAAGUUAAAUGUAAUUUAAGGAUUGCUGGAGUUUCUGGUUACUAAAAAUACUCAGCUUUUGCUAUUCUUAGUGAAGAGCAAUCAGCAAAACAAGUCACUGUGGUAGGAAGGCAUAGUGGUUCCUUGGGCUGUGUAAUGGUAGGCUUCAAUGGUGGAUCUGGGAGUGGCUUGCAAGUCUCAAGCAGAGCUUUUACCAAGCAUUUUUGAACUGGAAUUACCAAGGAUUGAAGCUCCCACCAUCCUCAUGUGAAUGGAUUUAGUUGUGUGGUCCUUGUAUGGGCUAGAUAACUUGCAUUGAAGUGGUAAAGCAUUGGUUUGCAGUACUGCUUGGAAAUCUACCCUGGGUAUGCAGAGAUAUUUCUAGCUUGCUUGGGUUGGCUUCACGAGAGCUUGUCACGCGAAUUGUUGACCUUGAGUAAAUCCUCCCUGUCUGCUUUAAAAUGACAGCAUCAUAGUAAUAUAAGCUUCUACUUACUUUAAAGUCACCAAAUGCAAGCAAAAUUUCUUGUUAGUUUGUAUAUUCAAAUUGUGCCCGAUCUCAAAGUAUUAGACUGAACUUGCGGUUUAGUUUUUGUGGCCCAAUUAUAUGAUUUAAUUUUUGCAGUUACAAAAUGUUUAAAAGUCUGCCAUUAGUCUGUUGUCAAGGCAAUAAGGCAACAUAGAAUAUGAAGCCAACCUUAUUCCUCCUCCCCCUGCCCCCCUUUCCAGUCUUGUAUGGAGAGAAACAUGAUGGUCUUAGAAUAGUUGAAUUUUUCCAUAUUUUUAUGUGCCAAGUGAAAAGGUAUUUGUGGAAGAAGUCUGGUUAGACAAAUCUAGAGUUGUAGCUACAAUGUAAGUCCAUUGUAAACAACAGGUGUGUGCUAAUUUCCUGUGUUCCCAAACCCCCAUGAGAUGUGCAUACAUGUGUGUGCAGACAAAUCUACACAACAAAUACUGAAAAUUAUUAAAUCCAGAGAUAAGUAAUAUUUUGGAAAUGUUAGCAUUAGAAGUGCUUUUUCCCUCUCAUCCUACUGUGGGAUUUCUUGAGAAAAUGUUACUCGCAUAUAGUUGGUUCUUAAAAGUCCACCAUAGCCAAGAGAAUCUAUAGUUAAUGCCAAACGUAUGGAUAGUUUGAAGCUAGUGAGUGGUCUCUGGGGAAAACAUACACUUAGAGGGAACACUGGUUUUCACAGAUACUCCAACUGGUUGUCUCUUAGAAGGCUUCAGACUUAUUUUUAUGCUUGAAAAAAUACAUGAAACAAAACCCACAGUAUGCCCAAUCUUUUGCAGACUGUUUUAGAUGUGCUUCAUGGCUAUACUAAUAAGUCUAUGUUUGUGUGAAAAAGAAAAAAAAAAGUGACCGUGCAGUGUAUGCUUUAAAUUAUGAUAGAAUAAUAAAGUUAUGUAUCAUGCUGUGGAA